UGACGUUCAAAAUGGCGACAGAACAUAACGGAUGAUGUCGACGUGGAUAUUGUGGUCUAAUUAUUAACGUUAAAGUGCAACCAGUUUAUUUACUAUAUAUAGAAUAAUAAUAGAGUAAAAUAAUAAUAAAUAAUAAUAUUAUAAUUUAUAAAAAAUGGGUGAACCAAAAGCACAGCACGGUGCUCAAGAAAUGAAGGGUUGGCUUUUCAAGUGGACUAAUUAUCUAAAAGGUUACCAACGGAGGUGGUUCGUCCUGUCAAAUGGCCUCCUGUCAUACUAUAGGGCUGAACCAAAGGGGGGGCCAAAGAUAUCGACAAGACGCAAGCGGAGGGCUGGCAGUGCCUCCGAAAAUCCAGCCGAAAUGGCUCACACAUGCAGAGGGGCUAUAUCACUUCAUGGGGCCUUAAUUCAUACUGUGGAUGCAUGUACUUUCGUUGUAAGCAACGGUGGUACCCAAACAUUUCACAUAAAAGCAGCAACUGAAGUGGAACGACAACAAUGGGUUACUGCUUUAGAAUUAGCUAAAGCCAAAGCAAUACAAGCCAUGGAGUCAGAAGAAGAGGAGGAAGAGUACCAAGACAAUGACAGCCACAAAGGAGAGAACACAUCAAUAAUAAAGGACCUGACGGAACGUUUGAAAGAUUUACAAUCUUGCUAUGAAUUGAUAUCAAAACGUGGGACCAUGCUGACGCGGUCUCUUGUGGAUCUAGAGUCACUUGAAUCGGCUAGUCCGGAUACUGCUGCUAAAAUAAAAACCGUCAGUGAACGCGCUACUUUAUUUCGUAUUGCUGCAAAUGCUAUGAUUAGUACGAGUAGUGAUUACCUUCAAUUGGCCCAACAACAAGAACCAAAAUGGAAGAAAAUGCUUCAACAUGAACGAGAUCAAAAGGUACGAAUUGAAAAAAUGGUUGAACAACUAGCACGACAACAUUCUCAUCUAGAAGAGGCUGCACAACAUGCUUUACCACCUGGAAUACCUGCAGGAAAUCAUCGUUCUACACAUUCAGUAGCGAAUACUUCACCAUCGGAAGACGACGAAGAUAAUGUUGAGUUUUAUGAUGCCGAAGAGUCUGAUACAUUCACGUUAGCUAUUCCUGGCAGUACAACGGGUAACUCACUAUCACGUGAACGAGUCAGAAACGAUUCACAAGGGAGUGAUGAUGGAUCUAGUUCUGAAGGGGAUCCAGCACCAAUGUCUACCAACGAUCCAUCCAGAGCAGACACUUUUCUUAUCGUGACCGAUUCUUCAGCGUCGCCACAAACUUCCAGAACCGCUACCGAUCUGGACAAUUCGGCCUGGAAAAAUGAUACCGAUGGGAAUAAUACCGGGAUGACAACUGUAAGUAAACGACAGCGAAGAACUCGAGUACCAGAGAAACCAAAUUAUCCAUUAAAUUUAUGGAGUAUUAUGAAAAAUUGUAUUGGCAAGGAAUUGUCGAAAAUUCCAAUGCCUGUUAAUUUUUCUGAGCCUCUUAGUAUGUUACAACGUUUGACUGAAGAUUAUGAAUACGCCGAUAUACUCGACAGAGCAGCUGAAUGUACUGACAGUUGUGAACAAAUGGCCUACGUGGCAGCUUUUACAGUUUCCAGUUAUUCAACAACUGCAACUAGAACUGGAAAACCCUUUAAUCCUCUUUUAGGUGAAACAUACGAAUGUGAUCGAACUGACGAUCUUGGAUGGCGAGCAAUAUCGGAACAAGUGUCGCAUCAUCCUCCAAUGGUUGCUCAAUUUUGUGAAGGUCGAGCGUGGCGAUGUUGGCAGGAAUUUACUAUGGCUUCAAAAUUCCGUGGUAAAUAUCUUCAAGUAAUUCCUUUGGGUACUGCACAUUUAGAGUUUGAUAAAAAAAUAAAUGAUAAGUCUAAUCACUAUACGUGGCGAAAAGUAACGACUACUGUACACAAUAUUAUUGUUGGUAAACUAUGGGUAGAUCAAAGUGGUGACAUGGAUAUUAUUAAUCAUACUGAUGGUACUAAAUGUCACCUUAAGUACAUUCCGUACUCAUAUUUUUCGCGUGAUAGUCAACGAAAAGUAAAAGGAGUUGUUAUGAAUGCUGACAAAGAAGUUAAAUGGGUUGUUCAGGGUACUUGGGAUGCUAAAAUUGAAAUUGCACCUGUUAUCAGUACUUCCGGUAGUCCCGAUAAUCCAGUAUAUAAAACAGGCCCAUAUACACUUGCUUGGAAACGAAAUAUGCCUCCAGAAGAUUGUGAAAAAUAUUAUUCAUUUACUGAAUUAGCGUGUCAACUAAAUGAACCUGAGGAAGGUGUAGCACCAACAGAUUCACGAAUAAGACCCGAUCAAAGGUUAAUGGAAAAUGGGUUGUGGGAUGAAGCGAAUAAAGAAAAAUUACGACUUGAAGAAAAACAAAGAGCAGUAAGACGUGCACGUGAGAGUGAGGCUGAAAAAGCUGCUGCUCAAGGAUUGCCAUAUAGAGGAUACGAACCCGUUUGGUUUUCAAAACAAGAAGAUACGAUUACGGGUAGCCUAUGUCAUACUUACGACCAUGAAUAUUGGGAAUGUAAAAAUAAAGGCGACUGGUCACGAUGUCCAAAUAUAUUUUAACUUAUUAUUAUUAUUAAAAAUAAUAAUAAUAAUAAUUAAUUAUUAAUGGUUAUGUACUUGCGAUUAAACUUCCAAGGGUUAUAUUAAAUAAAAGUUAUUUUAGAAAUGAAAAUAAAUAAUAUUUGGCAAGUAUUUAAAAUAAUAAUUAGCUUACUUUGUUAUCAAUCAAAUUUUAUUCAUCUAUUGACAUUACUAUCUAAUCAAUCAAUGGUAAAUUUAAGACAGUAUAAUUUUUCUUUUUUAAAUUUUAUUUUUUGUGUUUUUAAAAUUUAUGUAUAAUAAUUAAAAUAAUCUGCCAUUAAUUGAAGAAUUAAUGAUUUAAUGUAAUUGAGUAACUGGUUAAGUGAGCAAGUGGCUAUAAAAAUGUAUGAGUGAGGUAAAUAGAUGAGGAAAUACGAAUUAAGUGAAUAAAAUACGAUAUACGAACUUCCAAAAUAUUCAUUUAAUAAAACUCUUAAGUUCAUUAUCAGACAGCGCCCCCGACUUUUUUUUACUUUUCAAUGACGAACUGUCAUAACCGUUUCAAAAUUUUAUCAAUUAAUUGAAAAAAAAUCGAAGCAUUAAUUGAAAAAAGGAAAAUUUCACUGAGAUAUAUUUUGAAAAAAAAUUUUGUAGGAUAAAAUUUAUUUAUCAAAUUUCGUUUGUCUCCUAAUUGAUAACAAUUAUAAGUAAUUUUUUUUCAAUUCUAUAUCUUUGUGAAAUUGCUAUUACUUUUUUUUUUUUCAAUUAAUGUUUUAAUUUUUUUUUUUUGUAAUUAUGAUAGUGCCUCCACUUUUUAAAAAUUUUCAAUGACUUUCAAACUGUUAUAAGUGUAUUAAAAUUUCUAUCAAUUAGUUAAAAAAAAAUAAAAUCAUUAAUUGAAAUUAAAAAAGGGCAACUUCGCUGAGAUAUAGAAUUUCCAAAAAAUUACUUGUAGUUUUUAUCAAUUGAGAGUUAAACGAAAUUCGUUGAAUAAAUUUAACCCUACAAAAUUUGAAAAUUCCAAUUAUAAAAUUGGCAUGAAAAUUUUACUAAAAUAUUUCCAAAUUUCGUUCAAUUUUGUAAUUUUUGUUUUAAAUCUAUCAGCGAAUUUUUUUUUUUCAAUUAAUGCUUUUAUUUUACUUUGAUUAAUUGUCAAAAUUUCGAUACGCUUAUGACAGUUGUCAUUUAAAAUUUUAAAAAAGGUGGCAGUGUGAGAAAGCCCUUAAUAAAAUUUAAAUACACUGAUGAAAAUUGGAGUCAUGAAUCUGAAAAUGAGGACUUUUCGCGCAACAAAAAUUUUGAAAAAAUUUAUAUAAUUCAAAGGGUAAUUAGGGGUGGCCUGCAAUUUUCGGCUGAAACAAAAUAUUUUAGAAAUCUAACCCAGUAUUUUUUUUUACUUCAUUUCAUUUUUUGUAUUUUCGCGCCACAAAAAUCGUUCCGAUCUUCAGGUAAAUUGAAAGUCUUAGAAUAUUUAAAAAAGUAGCGGGCACUGUCUGAGAAUGCACUUAAAAAUUAUGUACACGACAUUAUUUAGACUUUGUAUAAUAUAUAUUUGCCUACAUAUAUCAUUGAUUGAUAUAUUUAUAUGCACGACAAAAAAGUAAGACCUAAUUAUAAAUCAGUGUUUGUGCAUAUCAAUAAAUGAAGUAAAAUAAUAUAAUAUAAUAUUAAUGUAUAUUAUUAUAUAUUGUUAAUAGGCAAAUUAAAUGUAUUGCGUUCGAUUUAUUCACUUUGUUUAUUAAAUUAGUAAUAAUAUAUAUUUAUAAAAAUACUCGCUUAUUACAAAAACUAAAAACUCCGAGUCUCAGAAAGUAAAGUCGAAAAAUCGUUUUAUGUUUUAUUAUAUACAAUAAUAAUUAUUAUUAUUAUUUAAUUAAUGAAUUGUAUAAUAAUUUAAUGAUUCGUUACCGAUAUAAAUGAUAUAUUAUCUGUACACAAUAUAAAUA